AUGGCACGAUUCAGUGCCCUCGCGAGUGACAGCAGUGACGAUGAAUACGAGUCUUACGCGUCACAAGGCGUGCGUCAGAUCAACAACGCCGAAAAACCUUUGGAAGAGGCCAGGGAAUCUUCCGAAUCGCGUUCGGACGGGGAUGAGGUAGCAGUUGACGAUGGCCACGAAGAUGAGGAAGGAGAUGAGGAGGACGAGGACGAGGACGAGAGUGAAAGCUCUUCUGAAAUGGACGAAAAUGAACUUGUUCUGCAUGGGUCCAAGAGAACACGCAACCAUGCACUUGUGGAGGACUCAAAUGCAGAAGGUCAGUAUAUGCACCCCAGACACCGGUCGCGUUCUUCCACCUCGUCGGAAUCCGAGACUGAAGGACAGUCUCGUGUUGACUCCGGUGCUAUUUCAUGGGCUCAAACCGUUGGCAUGGACGUGCAGAAAAUGCACGUCAUGCAGACGUCUCUCUUCCGUAUGCCUGAAGAGGCAGCGAUGCUACAGGCUAUGAACAGGCCAUCUCGUCCCCGAUUUCGAUUAUCCCCAGGCGUAACUCGGAAACACAGUCGUGAUUCACUCGGAGAAGGGCGAUUAGACUCUCAAGAGAGAGCCUCGUUUGCACACGAUAUCGAACCUCCUGUUUACCGCCCCUCGCGAAAGUAUGCCCGCGUCGAAAUUUCCCAUUCGGUAGUGGCGGGUUGUGAAGAUGCACUAGUUGACGCAGGUCUGGCGCUCGGCAGGUCUUUCCGCGUAGGCUGGGGCCCAGGUGGUACGGUCGCUUACCUAGGACAACUAUGUAGUCCAUCAAGCCAAGUGCAAAGCUCUGCAAACUCGCCUGUCGUGACGCUGGCAUCUGCCCCGCUCUUCUCGUCGGCCCGAGACGAGGCCAAUAAUCGACUGUCCCGACUACUACAGCAUCACCUCUCUAAAACUCCUAUUGUAAAGGAUGAAUACGGCGUUCCUUUCGCCGACCCUUGCCCAGAGCUGUGCUUCUCAUCGUUCACGACGGUUUAUCCCCAAACUGAUGCUUCUUAUGAGGCCUCUCUCUUUCGUCUUGGCCAUGCUUUGUUCGAUCCCUUUGACCUUCACUUUACUCCGGAGAUCACAGUUGACAUACGGAAUCGAAUACAGUCUCUUCGGCGCAAGGCAGCCCUUUCAGUGUGGUUAGAAGAAGCUGUCACAUCAUCUGUUAACGCAGAUCUAAAUCAAGCCUCCGGAGACCCAGAGAGUCUCAUAUUCGCCCUUCUUACUGGCCAUCAGGUCGAAAAAGCUUGUGAAACCGCCAUAGAUUGUGGGCUUGUCAAACUCGCAACUCUUAUUUCACAAGCACCUGGGGAUUUCGAGUUCAGGGAAGACCUUGGGGAACAACUGCAGAUUUGGCGCGAACAACGUGUUGACGUUCACGUCAACGAGAACACAAGGAAAUUGUAUGCAACCUUGGCUGGAAGCAUGGAUAUUCUAGAGGGUUCGAAAGCGAGCAGCUUUGAGCGGUGUUCAGAUGUUGAUCCACUCAAAGAAUUGGAUUGGAAACGCACUUUUGGAAUGUAUCUUUGGUUCGCUGAGCCCAUGGAUGUGCCUAUAUCACAAGUCUACGAGUCAUAUUAUCGCGCUUCACAGGAGCUUCCUUCGCGAGUCGCACCUCCGCAUCCCCAUUACCUUGAAUCCCGUCAAGGAUCCAACCUUCCCUUCAACCUCCCACGACCGCUUCCCACUGACGCUUUGUUCUCUCUCAUCCGACUGCACGCCGAACCCGCUUGCUCGCUUUCUCAGAUCCUUAACCCGCUUUCGUUCAGCCCCUCUCCUUGCGAUUACUCCCUUCCGUGGCACUUGUAUAUUGUGAUAUCGCGGUGUAUGCGCGUGCGCGACUUCUCUGACAGGGGUUCAGGUGAACGACGAUCACCUGAUUACGACGAUGAAUCUGGGAGGUAUGAGGGUCACAGCUCAAGUGCAGACUUGUUGGCGAGUUGCUACGCCCAUCAGCUAGAGCAACUGGGCAUGCUUCAGGAAGCCGUGUUUGUUCUCUUACAUCUCGAGGGGUCAGCAGGGCGAGAGAAGGCUAUCAAAGAUCUACUGUGUAGGUCUGCAGAUAAGCUCGACGAUUGGAUGACGAGCGGCAUCAUCGGAAGCCUGAAGAUCCCUCUCACUUGGGUCAAUGAAGCGAAGGCGCUGUACGCCGUCUACAAAGGCGAUAUCUUCGAAGCUUAUCAGCUGUAUACGGCUUCGGGAUUAUACCAAGCGGCUCACGAUCUGGCUAUAGCGGAGCUGGCACCAGAGGCAGCUAUACAGCACGAUUUCGAGCUUCUAAUCUCAUUGUUUGAGCGAAUGAGCAGUCAGACUAUUGACGGGUGGUAUUUGAAGGGCAAGGUGAACUUCAAGAAGAUAUUCGCUUAUAUGGAUUAUGCCCGUGCGAUGAUCCGCCUCCGUGAGCUGCACGCCUCACUUUCGGAUACUGACACCCUCGAUGAGGCUGAGGAGCAAGAGCUAGAAAAUCUUGCACGGUCAAUACCCAAACUAAUUGGCAGUCUUCCAGAGCUUCUUCCUUCGUCUUCGGAUCCAAGGCAUAUGGUAGCAUUAUCUGAAAUGAUAUCUGGCCUAACCGCGAACUUAGACCAAAUGAAACCCCUCGCACUGUCUCAAGUCCGGCUCACUGGAACUGACGAAGCGACAAGGCUACAACACAUCCAAGCAAGUGCGCUCGAGCGCCUCAUGAAAUCUAUCCAGGUUGCAUGA